UUUUCAAUUUUUGAAAAGUUCUUGUGUUCUUAAUUUGUCAUUUGUUUUUGUGUAACAUAUAUGUUUGUAUUAUGUUAAGAUUGAUGUCAUGGGGAGUUCAGGUACGAACUUGGUGACUACAAUAAUUGGUUUUGGAUUGAGUGCAACAUUCAUAGUGUUUGUGUGCACAAGAAUCAUUUGUGGGAGAAUUCAAAGGUAUAUAGCAUCAUCAUCAUCUUCAUCAUCAAGGACUAUAUAUGAAUUUCAAUCAAGACCAGACAUAGAACGGGGAGAACAUGAUGUUGUUGAGGGAGUACCUGCUUUUGUUUCUGCAAUCCCCACUUUAAAGUUCAACAAAGAGGCUUUCAGCUCCGUUGAAUGUACACAGUGUGUGAUAUGUUUGGGAGAUUACAAAGAGCAAGAAUUGUUGAGGAUCAUACCAAAAUGUGGGCACUGUUUUCAUGUCUCUUGCAUUGAUAUGUGGCUAAGAAAGCAAUCUACAUGCCCUGUAUGCCGUUUGCCACUUAGAAAUGCUCUUGAACAAAAGAAUGUGACAAGUGUGGCAUUCACAAUAAGCCACCACCACUCUCUUCAUGAUGAGUCUAAUGCUUCAUUACAAAGGAACAUUAGUGAUGAUGAGAGGCCAGUAGUUGAUUCUAAUUCUAGUAACACCUCACUUCCAAUUUCUGUAGGAGAACCUGAAAUAAGACCCUGAUAACAUCUUUCAAUUACAAUUAUAGUUACAGUUACAGU